UAAUCUACAUCUACAUGUGAUUUUAAUUUGCAAUGGGGCAAACUUCAGUUCUGGCCGAUGAUGAUUGCAAGUGUGUUUCUUGUUCUUCCACACUGGACAAUGUUAGGACAUUGGUUUUGUUUGGCCGUACUGGCAACGGCAAGAGUGCAACCGGUAAUAGUAUUCUUGGAAGAAAUGUCUUCAAGUCAAGGGCUAGCUCUUCCGGCGUCACCACCUCGUGCGAGAUGGAGGCAACUGUGCUGCAUUAUAGACAGAUUGUUAAUGUUAUUGAUAGUCCAGGAUUAUUUGAUUUUACUGUCGGAUCUGAGUUAAUCGGCAAAGAAAUAGUCAAGUGCAUUGGUUUGGCCAAAGACGGGAUCCAUGCCAUCCUCGUAGUGUUCUCCGUUAGAACACGCUUUAGUGCAGAAGAAGAAAGUGCUUUGCGUAGCUUGCAAAAACUAUUCGGCAGCAAAAUUGUUGACUACAUGAUUGUGAUCUUUACCGGAGGAGAUGAGUUGGAGGAAAAUGACGAGACACUGGACGAUUAUUUAGGCCGUGAAUGUCCAGAGCCUUUAAAAGCAAUUCUUUCUUUGUGUGGGAAUCGAUACGUGCUUUUUGACAACAAAACCAAAGAUGAAAAGAAGCGUCACAAACAAGUUCAACAACUUCUCUUUAUCGUAGAUAUUUUAAUAUCAAAGAAUGGUGGACAACCUUAUACAGACAAGUUAUUUAAAGAAAUUAAGAAAAGAGAAAUGGAGCUACAAAAACAACAAAGAGAGGUUGAUUCCAUGCAAGGAUAUUCAAAAGAAGAUAUAUUAGAGUAUAAAAAGCAAAUGGAACAACAAGCUUACAAUGACCAGCUUUAUCAAAUUACUCAGAUGAUAGAGUCAAAGUUGAUGGAAGCAACUACAAAGCUAGAGGAACAAUUGGCAAAAGAGCAAGCUGCAAGACUAGCGGCCGAAGAGUACGCAAAGGCUGCUCAAAUGAAAUCAAACAAUGAAAUUAAGAAACUUAGAAGACAUCUUAUGCGAGCAAAGGAAGAACUUCAUCAACGAAGUCAAGAUUCAUCGUUUAAGAAACUAAGAAGACAUUUUGAUCAGGCACAUGUAGAACUUCGCAGGCGAACUCCAAAUCAUCACUGUACCAUUCUAUGAUACUAUUAAUUAGCUACUUCAAACUUGCAGAGUUUCGUUUAGUUUAGUUUUUCG